AAAGCACGAUCGUAGCAAGUCUCCCCCAUCACAAAAGCUCCCCAGAAAAGCCUGAGACGGAAGCGUAAAGCAAUGUCUUCGUCAUUAGAACAGCUCGAAAAUCAACUGGAAACCUUUAUCGAGAAUGUCCGGCAGAUCGGGAUCCUCGUCAGCGAUUUCCAGCCUCAGGGACAAACCAUCUUGAAUCAGAAGUUGCAAAAUAUGAUUACAAAUAUACAGGACAUUGACAAGUUACGAUCUGCUGUUCAGGAUGUCCAUGUGCCUCUUGAAGUUUUUGAAUACAUUGAUGGAGGGAGAAACCCACAGCUGUACACAAAAGAUUGUAUGGAGAAAGCACUUACCAAAAAUGAACAGGUUAAUGGACGCAUUGAUGCAUACAAAAGGUUUAAAGCAAUGUUGUUGGUUGAACUCUCCCAUGUGUUCCCCAAUGAAAUGACAAGAUAUCGUGCUGUGAGGGAAGAAUUAGGUUAAGGAAUUUGAUAAAAGCUUUAAAAUCCAUAUAUAAUAUCCAAAUCUGAUGUACCCUAACUGUAAUUUAGGAAAUUUUGCAUAUCUCCUUGCUCAAUAUGCUGAAAAGGAAAGGUUGAUGAUGCAGAUUUUCGUAUUUAUUUUGUCAUUGUGAUUAAAAUUAUGUGUGGAGA